AGCUUGUCGGGCUCCAGUCGGACGGCUGAGAGCCGGCUGGAUGCUUCGAUCAAUAAGUGAGAGACGGAAGUAACUCUGCCAUUUGGAUGGGUAGGUAGGUACUUACCCAUCAGGGCCUUGCCUUACACGACAGUUCGCUCACUGCCGUUAGGUUUGCCGGGAUCCGAGAAGUUUGGCAGGUGAAGGUUGCAAUAAUCAUUGUUGGGCUUGGAUCCUUGUUUAUACUGCCCCUUUUCGGAUUCCACUAUACUACGACCAAGAAAUCUAUAACGGACCCGAGGUGCCGAUUGGUCUAUCCGGAAAGGAAAGAAUGGAAGCUUCCGGAGAAGCCAGAGGGAUGAGAGGGAAAAGAGACGGAAAAUCGAACAAUGGUAUAAUAAGGUGACAUCCCCGUGCAUUAUUUGCCAGAAACCUCUUUGUCGAGCAAGGCUUCUAGAUCGUUGCGACGUUGCCCAUCAUGACCCGCCUCUCUCUGGUUGCGCUACUUGCCGUGCCAUGGCUGCUGCUCACGGGCCUCGUGUUUGGUGAUGCGGUGGCAGACCUUGAGAAGAAGGGCAGGCCCAGCAUCGACGCCCAGAUAGCCAAGUCGAGGACAUGUACCAAGGACAAGCUGCAGGUCCGCCGGGAAUGGGGGGACAUCUCGGCUGCCGAGAAGAAGGCCUACAUCGCUGCUGUCCUGUGCACCAUGGAGAAGCCGUCCAAGCUGGAUCAGACGAGGUACCCGGGGGCCAAGACACGAUAUGACGACUUUGUGGCCGUCCACAUGAACCAGACUCUCAAUAUCCACGGCACCGGAAGCUUCCUUUCCUGGCACCGCUUCUACACAUGGUCCUUCGAAAGGGUCCUCCGAGAAGAGUGUGGCUACACCGGUACCCAGCCGUACUGGAACUGGGGCCGCUGGGCUGCCGACCCGGAGAAGUCUCCCAUCUUCGACGGCAGCGAUACCUCCAUGAGCGGCAACGGCAAAAAGAUCCAGCACCGCGCCUCGGCCUUUGCGCCGGCCGGCAACGGCGGCGGAUGUGUCGAGACAGGGCCGUUCAAAAACAUGACAGUCCGCCUGGGCCCCGUCUCCCCCGCCGUGGACCCCGCCCCGCCCCGCAACCCCCGCGCCGACGGGUACGGCGACAACCCGCGCUGCCUGCGGCGUGACAUCUCCAACUACCUCUCCAGCCGGUACACGCGCACCGAGGACAUCGUGAGCCUGAUCACCACCAGCCGGGACAUCGCCACCUUCCAGAAUGUGAUGCAAGGCGGCGGAUUCGGGUUUGGCGGGGCGGCGGGCGGCAUCGGCGUGCACGCGGGCGGGCAUUUCACCAUUGCGGGCGACCCCGCGGGCGACUUCUACACGAGCCCCAACGACCCGGCCUUUUGGCUGCACCAUGCCAUGAUUGAUCGUACAUGGACUAUCUGGCAGAGCCAGGACCUCGCGGCGAGGACAAAUGUCAUUGCGGGGGGCACGUCGAUGAUGGGGUUUGGUGGGCGGAUGCAGUCACUUGAUGAUUUGGUUGAUUUGGGGGUUGUGGGGGAUAAGGUGUACAAGAUUAGGGAUUUGGUCAGUGUGGUUGAUGGGCCCUUUUGCUAUGUUUAUGAGUGAGUGAGUUGUGGAAGAUGUCUGGGUAGGGUAUGUCCCUACGGAGUAGCUGUUGAGGG